AUGGCAGUGCCAGCGGUCACUAGCGCAGAUCAGCAGCUUAUCAAUAAGUUCGCUCGCCUUCAUCAAAAUUUCAUGCAGGUGAAGGAAGAUAUUAAGGAUCUUUCAAAUGACUUGUUGAACAUCAAUGAAGCUGCCGACGAGUUAAUGUUGUUGAGUCCUGAAGAUAGUGAAUCUAUUCCAUUUCGGAUUGGUCAAACCUUUGUGCAUUUUGAUAGUGACACUUUGGCGAGUAAACUUGAGGAUUUGAGAAUAGAUGCAGAGCAUACGAUUAGGAAACUCACGGACAAAAAUUUAUCUUCCCAGGAAGAGAUGGAGAAUCUGAAACGAAUACUUUAUGCUAAGUUCGGUGAUCGCAUUAAUCUUGAAUCUGACAAGGAUUAG